AUGUCUAGGGAUGUAGCCAGAGUAAUGCCUCUAGACUCCCUUCCUAAGGAGCCAAGUUGGUCAUGGAUGAAGAUGAAAGAGAGUUUUCUUUCAAAGUGUCCUUGGAUAUGGGAGUGGGGUCAUGGACUGGGAUUCUCUCAUUUCAGCCUAGGAUUUCUCCUUCUGUUGACAGUGAUUCUCCUUCCAGGCAUUCACUGUGUCUUAGGAUCAAUGUAUUCUUCUUCUUAUGAGAUAGUCAUCCCUAGGAGAUUAAUGACUUGGGAAGGAGAAGAAAGAAUCUCCUAUUCAAUAUUUAUGAAAGGCAAGAAGCUGGUGAUACACCUGAAACAAAAGAAAGGGCUGCUUGCUAACAACUUCCCUGUUUAUACCUAUUACAAUGGGAAUCUCAGCCUUGACAUGCCUUUUCUCCGAAAUGAUUGUUACUAUGAUGGGUAUGUAGAAAGCUAUCUGAGGUCCCUGGUGUCUAUCAGCACCUGCUCAGGACUCAAGGGUUUAAUCAACAUAGAGGGAACAGUGUAUAGAAUUGAGCCCAUUGAUGCCUCGAGUAACUUUGAACACAUCCUGUACCAAACAAAAAGUGAUGAACAAGAUUUCUGUUCGGGGCCUCUGAGAGAACAGCCUGAAUUUGAGAGCAAUCUGGAAGCAAAAGGAAUGGCGGUCCCGAGUGGGUUCAGAUAUUUACAACUAGUGCAUUAUGAAUGGCCAUACCCCAAGAUAGUGAAAAUAUUUAUUGUGGUUAACAACAACAGGUUCCGAAAUUGGAAUAGCAAUGUGACCAAGACUGCUGAAAUGGUGAUGGAAACCCUCUCCAUUGUGCAUACCAACUUCAUUCCAAUCAGGGUCAAAAUCUUCUGGGUUGGUUUAGAGAUCUGGACAGAAAAAGAUAAAUGCAAAAUUUCACAGAAUAUGCAAGACACUCUUAGGGCUUUCAAUACAUGGAGGGUCAUACAACUCUUACGUAGGGCCUCACAUAAUGUUGCCCAUCUGAUUGUAGGGCAUGAAACUGGAAGCAAAGAAGGAAAGUCCUUUCUUGGUGGUAUCUGUACCUUGACGCAAGCUUCAGGAGCUCUAACCUUCCCCCAUGAAGAUGUGCCCCGCUUUGCUUCUGUCAUGACUCAUGAGUUGGGACACAAUCUGGGCAUGGACCAUGAUACCGAAUACUGCAUGUGUGGUGAUGAAUAUUACUGCAUAAUGCAUGAGUCUGUCUCUCAGAAGCAGCAUUUUAGCAACUGCAGUUUAGAUUACUUCUAUAAAUACCUGAUUGCUCUACGUUCGGAAUGCCUCUAUGGGAUGCCAACCCCCACCGACAUAUUCAGGUUGUCAGACUGUGGGAACGGAAUAUUAGACAGAGAGGAGGAAUGUGACUGUGGAACUGAAGAGACCUGUGCAAAGGACCCUUGCUGUCUUCCCACAUGCCGGUUCACUGUGGGUUCCACUUGUGCUUUUGGACCCUGCUGCAAAAAUUGUAAUAUUCAGAGGGCAAAUGAGGUGUGUCGUCCCAGCAAGGAUGAAUGUGACUUCCCUGAAUAUUGCAAUGGAACCUCCAUUUGGUGCCAGCCAGAUGUCUACAAACAAGAUGGCACCGAGUGUAGGGGUGGGUAUUGCUAUCAGGGGCAUUGCCAGAGUCUGGAUAAACAGUGUGUUGAGAUCUUUGGUGAAGGCUCCAGGAAGGCGCCAGAUAGUUGCUAUGAGAGUAUAAACAGUAACGGGGACAGGAUUGGGAACUGUGGCCCUUCAAUUAAUGGGAUGCGCAGGCGCUUUCGAAAAUGCCAGCCCAAAGAUAGCAAGUGUGGAAGGCUUCUAUGUCAGAACAUUCAGAAGUUGCCCCGAGGCAAGAACCACUAUACCUAUUUCCAACUGCCCUGUGAGGGGUCCUGGUGCUGGGGAGCGGACCUCUUAGAGGAGUUAGGGACCCUUGACCAUGGAGGAGUGCACACUGGUACUGUGUGUGGCCCCGGGAAGAUAUGCCUUAACCAUAUGUGUUCUGAUAAAUACGUCCUCAGGCAGAGGUGCAAUUCAGCUACCAAUUGUACUGGGAGAGGGACCUGUAACAACUUGAGUCAUUGCCACUGUGAUUAUGGUUAUGCUCCACCAGAUUGUAUAAAUAGAGGUAAUGGGGGCAGUUUGGAUAGUGGUCCCCCUCCUCCUGAUCAUGGGAUUGCUAAGGAAAUCUUUCUAAACAGCAAGUUCACCAUGCUCAUUACCAUUUACUGGUUCAUCAUCCAGGACUAA